AUGGCUCCACGCGAUGAGACCUCCGCAACCCUCCACCACACUAUCAGUCUCCACGGCGGUAACGAUGCCUCCCUCAACAUAGAAAUCGCCCAACCAAUCAACCCCUCCCAAAUCCUCUCCAAACAUCCCAACUCAACCCAAGCCUUCAUUCAAGCAACAACACACCGCAUCCAACAUGAAGUAAAGCACUCAGCAAACUGGACCUGUUCAUGUGGACGUCCCGGAACAGAAGUAAUCCACUCCCCAAUGUGCUGGAUGGGCCCCGACAUGCCCGGCCCCCCGUACGAAUACCGUAUCAUGGACAUCGCUGGCGUGGUAUGUGUAGACGGCGGCGUAUGUCGGGAGAAUUGGAUGCAGUAUAUCAACGGCAUUGCAUCGACUACGGGGAUCCAGGACGUGCAUAAGGUUAUAAAACCGUAUGUGAAGGGACCGGAUCCCGUGAAUCCGAUUUGCGGUUCGUGUUAUGUGUGUAAGAAGGUGCCGGAGUCGAAACUGUUGAAGUGUAAUAGGUGUAAGUUGAUGAGGUAUUGUGGUGCCGAGUGUCAGAAGAAGGAUUGGGUGAGGCAUAAGGGGGUUUGUAAGUUUGUGGAGAAGGUGGAGCCGAAUAAGAAUGUGGUUUUUGAGUAG